AUCUUUUGUUCACAUUAAGGCCAGCUGUCACGCGCCACCGUGUUUUGUUCCAUGCAUAGUGCUCUCCAGACACCUAGCCUCAAACGCUCUAGCAAAACAGAGGAUGUGGAAAAGAAACAAAGUUUGGCUGAUCAAACCUCCUGCAGAGCACCCUUUGGAGGCAAAGUACAGGCCUUUGCUUGAGAGUUUGGUCCCACCGGACCCCAUGUCUAAGCUUAAGCUAAAAAGAGGCUCCCCCAAAGAGGAGUUCCCCAGUGUGGACGGCAAUUACACCUGUAUGGCUCGUGUCCUAGACCUGCACAUGUAUACUCGGCAGUUCAAUCGUGCGACUGAGAGUGGGGUCAUCUUUGAUGACAUCAUUCGUCCGGGCCUGGAGGACCCAGGAACACGUACAGGACCCACGACAGUAGGCUGUUUAGCUGGGGAUGCCCAGUCCUACAUUCUCUUCUGUGAUUUUUUUGACCGCGUUAUUGAAACCUACCACAGCUACAAGGUGUCGAGUGAUGUUAUGCAAGAGAGUGACUUCAAUUAUGACAACGUGAAGGGAGGUGAUGACUUUGACCCAGCUUAUGCAGAAAGUUGUGAGGUGAGUGUUGCUCGCUGUGUGGAGGACUACUGCUUCCCCACGCACUGCAGCCGAGGGGAGAGGAGACAGCUCCUCACACUGGCCAAGAAAGUUCUGGACCAAUUUAGUGAAGAGUUUCCAGGAAAGCUUUACUCUAUAGAUGAUCUCAACCAAGAGACGAAGGAUAAAGGGAUCAUUAUGGAUGGCCCACCUGCCUCCUUAAUAAAGACUGGUGUGGGUCGCGACUGGCCUGAUGCACGGGCCUUGUGGGUGAGUGAGGAUGGGACCUUGGCAGUUUGGGUUAACAUGGAGGACCAUCUUAGACUGGUGUCUUCCAGAAAUGAUGCCAAUAUCCAGGAGGCAUUUGCAACCAUCUGCAUAAGUUUACUAAAGAUGGAAGCACUGUACAAGAAGCUGAGGCAUCCAUUCAUCUGGAAACCUCAUCUGGGCUGGGUGGUGAGCUCACCCGCAGAGGUGGGGACCGGGCUAAAGGCAAGCGUUACAAUCAAGGUGGUUCAUCUAUUCACACACAAACGCCUGGACAACAUCCUGGACAGACUGCGGCUUCGCAUAGAGACGGCUCACUUGCCUGGAAUGUACAAAAUAUGCAACCGACAAACCAUCGGACUCACGGAAGUUGAGCUUACCCAGUUAGUAGUGGAUGGGGUCAAGCUUCUUAUCAGAAUGGAGAAGAGACUGGAGAACAAUGAGGGCAUUGAUGACUUGGUGCCUGCGCAGAAGUAGAGUGGCCACAACGGAAGAGCCAAGAAGUGGACAAUCAUCAGUUUGUGCUUAAUUCUGAGACCAAAUCUGGCCAAAAAACAUUCACAUGCAAAGAAUAAGGCUCAGAUGUCAAAACUGAACAUUGUUAAUGUUUCAUUCAAGGCCACAAUCAGCUUGUUUUGUAUAACAUUGAUGCCAUUUUGAGAAACCUUUCAGCAAAGCCUAACUGAAUAAUAUUGGAGUGGUUUGCCAAGCUUCUCGGUCUUGUAACAUGUAACUUGUAAUCACAAGCAUAUGUGCAUUUGUGAGAUCCUCUGGUGUGGCUUUCUUCUCUUUCAGAGAUGCUUACAAAAGCGACUCGUGCUAAUAGCUUCCCAUGUUUUAGAAUCUUUAGACUGGGAAAUACAAGUCACUUGGCUUUUAAAAGCAUUCUGAGAAUCAAUUCUUAGAAGUUCAAGCAUUUUCUAUGUUUACAGGUGCAAGCAAAAAAAAAUAAAUAAAAAUAACAGCUAAGAGAUGAAUUACAGAAUGAUCAAAGUAUACAGUCUACUGACCCUAAACUAUUUUAUGUGUUUGCCUAAAUUCAUCAGAACACGUCCACACAUUUCGGUUAUAAACAGUGUUUAAAAAAAACAAUAAAAAAAGCACAACA